AUGUGUAUACGUUCAUUUUCCUUCCUUCCUUCCUUCCUUCCUUCCUUCCUUCCUUCCUUCCUUCCUUCCUUCCUUCCUUUCUUUUCCUUUCCUUCCUUCCUUCCUUUUCCUUCCUUGCCUCCUUCCUUCCUUUCUUUAGACUUCCUCCCACCUUCCCUUCCUUCCUCCCUCCUUCCUUCAUUCCUUCCUUUCCUUAGCCUUCCUCCCUCCUUCCUUCCUUUCCUUCCUUCCUUCCUUCCUUCUUCCAGCCUUCCUUCCUUCCUUCCUUCCUUCCUUCCCCCUUCCUCCCUCCUUCCUUUUCCUUCCUUCCCUCUUUCCUUCCUUUCCUUAGCCUUCCUUCCUUCCUUCCUUCCUUCCUUCCUUCCUUCCUUCCUUCCUUCCUUCCUUCCCCUUAGCCUUCUUCCUUCCUUCCUUCCUUCCCUUUUUCCUUCCUUCCCUCCUUCCUUCCUUUCUUUAGACUUCCUCCCACCUUUCCUUCCUUCCUCCCUCCUUCCUUCAUUCCUUCCUUUCCUUAGCCUUCCUCCCUCCUUCCUUCCUUUAGCCUUCCUUCCUUCCUUCCUUCCUUCCUCUACUUCCUUCCUUCCUUCCUUCCUCUUUUCUUUCCGAUCCAUUCUCAUCUCUCAUAACGUCGAGUCUCCCAUCAAUACCUUUACUUAUUUUUUCUGCAAGUCUUUUUCUCUCUUUCGUUCUAAAUAUUAUUAUUCAACCGCCACCCGCUGCACUUUUGCACACACCUCCCCCGCCCCCAUCUUUGCAAUGUGUGUCUUCGCUUUUCCCCGAUGCAUGGAUUCCAUUCACUUCUUCGGUGUUUGA